CAGUAAUAACCACAUGAUCAAUAUUAUGAACCAGCGCAAUAUUUAACAAUUACUUUCGUAGAAAUAUUUCUGAAUAAUUGAAAAUAUUGUGUUUGUUGAGGUUGGGUCGAAGGUGAUCGAUGCAACUGACAUUCUACGCAUUGCAUUGUUUAUGUUUCGGUGGUAUUGCGACUUCCCCGUUUUUCCUGUUUGAGUUCUUAGUUCUUAAUAACCACGAGGAUGAACAUAGAUAUCGAUAUUAUUCGCCUUAUUCUGAACAAAUAGAGGAUACUGAAGAAUGUCCAAUAUGUUUAUCCUUAUUAAAUCAACAUACAUAUGCAAUGAAAUCCUGUAUACAUCGUUUUCAUAGGAGCUGUAUUGAACAAUGGCAACGUGAAACUUUAGGAAUUCUUUAUGAAUCAGAAUGGCUACAGAUUCGAAGGAUCUGUUCUGUAAAGAAUAUGCAGACAGAUUGGCAGUGGAUGUCAAUACACAUCUGUUUACAAAACCAUAGCUAUCUAUAUCUAUAUUUAGCUUCUGUUUUGGUAGCAGAGCCUGCAUUGUCAGAAUUUUUGAGAUUUCAAUUGCAGCAAUUUUGAUUUCACCAAUGAAAAAUAUUGUUCAAUAAUCCUGACACCGAGCAUUGCUUUAAAAAUGGAAACUAAAUGCAGACACAGAUGACUACUUCAGUGAAUAGAUUUAUGUAACGCUUGAUGUUACU